UCACAGCUAAAUAAUUUCCGUGAUACGACAUUCGCAAAUCGAUAAAAUAAGAUCAACACCGCGACACAGGGUGGAUUCCUUCCAGCUCUCAAAGUCCCAACCAACCGGCGGCCCACCAGCUUAUUACAUCAUCGCGUAAUAACAAAAAUCUCACUCCACUCCGUCGCUCGUUUAUAAACCCCCCGCCCCGCCCGCGUAAUACCAUUUCCGUCCGGUCCGCCAAAUCUUCCUCCUCUCCAGGCCCCCAAGCCACCGCGCGCACCAGAAUGGCCAAGCCGAGAGCGGUGGUGACCACCGCCUGCGCCUCCGCCGCGCCGUCCACGUCCUACGCGUCGGCGUUCCUGCCACCGCCCCCGUCGCCGUCCGACGGCGACCUGCUCCGCUCGCUGCACCGCCUGGCGCGCGACCUCUCGGCCGCCGACGCGCCCGCGCCCUUCUUGCGCGCCGCGUUCGCGUCCGUCUCCCGGCGCGCCAGGCUCCUCGCCGCCGCCUUCGACGACCUGCUGCUGUGCGCGGCGGGCGAAGGCGACCUGCCGCGCUCGGCCUCGCUGUGCCUGCGGGAGGUGCUCCUCGUGCUGCAGCGCUUCAAGGCCGUGGUGGCCGACUGCGCCACGCGGAGCCGCACGCUACUGCUGCUGCAGUCCGACGAGAUGGACGCCGAGCUGCGCGACCUGCACCACGACCUCGCCACGCUGCUCGACCUCCUGCCCGUCGUCGAGCUGGGACUCGCCGACGACGUCAUGGACCUCCUCGCCCUCGCCUCGCGCCAGUGCCGCCGCUGCGCGUCGGCCGCCGAGCCGGAGCCGGCGCUCAAGACCACCGUGCUGUCGCUGAUCGAGGAAAUCGAGCGUGAGAUCGUGCCCGAGCGGGAGAGGCUGGAGGAGAUCCUGGAGGAGGUUGGCAUCAACGACCCGGCCAGCUGCAGCGACGAGAUCGAGAGCCUCGAGCGGGAGAUUGGCGACCGAGCGUCCGAGAGAUGGACCGCCGCCAUGAUCGCCCUCGUGGGCCUGCUCCGGUACGCCAAGUGCGUCCUGUUCAGUGCCACGCCCCGGCCUUCAGAUUCCAAGGCGGACGUCGAUGUCGAAGACGACGGGGAGUCCCCGGCGCCCCCACCGGACCUCCGGUGCCCCAUCUCCCUCGAUCUAAUGCGCGACCCAGUCGUCGCCGCUAGCGGUCAGACCUACGACCGCGAGUCGAUCGACCGGUGGUUCAGCUCCGGCAAGUCAACGUGCCCCAAGACGGGGCAAGUCUUGGCCAAUCUGGAGCUGGUGCCCAACAAGUCUCUCAAGAACCUCAUCUCCAAGUGGUGCCGGGAGAACGGCGUGGCCAUGGAAGUCUGCGAGGCCAGCAAGAGCGAGCAGGCCCAGGCGGUGGCCGCCAAUAAGGCGGCGCUCGAGGUGGCGCGCAUGACGGCUUCGUAUCUGGUGAAGAAGCUCUCCGUCUCAUUCUCCCCUGACGCGGCCAACCGCGUGGUGCACGAGAUCCGGCUGCUCUCCAAGUCCGGCUCAGACAACCGCGCGUUCGUCGGAGAGGCCGGAGCCGUGCCGAUGCUGGUGCCCCUGCUCUACUCCGAGGACGCCGGGCUCCAGCUCAACGCCGUGACCGCGCUGCUCAACCUAUCCAUCCUCGAGGCCAACAAGAAGCGCAUCAUGCACGCCGACGGUGCCGUCGAGGCAGUGACCCACAUCAUGAGCUCCGGCACGACGUGGCGCGCCAAGGAGAACGCCGCGGCGGCCGUGCUCAGCCUGGCGUCCGUCCAUACGUAUCGCCGCAGGCUCGGCCGGAACUCGUCCGUCGUCGAAAAGCUAGUCCACCUCGUGCGCACCGGCCCGACGAGCACAAAGAAGGACGCGCUGGCCGCGCUGCUGUCGCUAGCAGGCGAGAGGGAGAACGUCGGGAAGCUGGUGGAAGCCGGCGUGGCCGAGGCGGCGCUGUCCGCCAUCAGCGACGAGGAGACAGCCGCGGCGGUGCUGGCGGCAUUGGCCAAACGAGGGGGCGCGGAGGCUAUUGUCAACAUCGACGGCGCCGUGGCGCGUCUCGUGGCCGAGAUGAGGCGCGGCACGGAGUGGGCCCGGGAGUCCGCGACUGCGGCGCUGGUGCUGCUGUGCCGGCGGCUGGGCGCGCGGGCCGUGACGCAGGUGAUGGGCGUGGCCGGCGUGGAGUGGGCGAUCUGGGAGCUGAUGGGCACCGGCACGGACCGCGCCAGGCGGAAGGCCGCGUCGCUGGGCAGGAUAUGCCGGCGGUGGGCGGCCGCCUCCGCCGCCGACGGGGAGCGGGGCGCCGAGUGCCCCGCGUCCAGCGUGGUGCCGCCGGCCAUGAUGGCCUCCUAGGAUGAAUUAAUCAUGCUCUUCUUGUACAAACCACAAGGUUCGAUUAGGCAGGCUGUGUCACGAUUCUUUGAUGCGAGAGAUAACAAAAUGGUGAGUGAUGUUGAUCAACAACUGUGUAUACGGCCGUUUGUAUACCAAAAUUUUACCCUUUUCUUCUUGACACGAAAUACACAUACACAAAAGUUGUGAAAGCGGUUGGCUCGUGUUGUGUUGUGUUGUGGUGUGUGCCCGAUUUGCUGGCGAGGAUAACCGGUCCGCCUUAUC